AUGCUCGAGCUGCUGCUACUACUCGUGCUGCUCUGCAUUGACGGAGCGCGCGCCUCCGACGGCUGUGAUGAUGACUGCGCAUCCGUAUCGUGCCUGCCGGACUGGUGGCGCAGCGUGAAGGCGCCGCAGCUUGUUGUUGCUGCCGUGCUGGUCUUCUUCGCGACAUUCCUGCCGCGCGUUCUGGUCCGCCUUCUCAUCUUCGUGCUGACCAAGCUGCCGUUCAUGCAUCAGUAUAGUGCAACAAUUGCGGCCGUAUUGCAGUAUGCAGUAGCCGAAGACUUCCAGGAGUCAUGUGUGGGCUCUACGUCGUACCUCAUCUCUAUGUCGCUGGUGCUGCUGUCGCUGGCAGUAUCGGAACUGACCAAGUUCUUCUGUCACCUACCUACCUACAUCUGGGGGGUCUUCUUCCUCUAUUGGCUCUACUCACUGUUUAACGUCGUUCAGAGUUUGGCUGUGCGACGGUUUGUUGGUACGAAUGGAGACUUCUCCAAGAAGAUGGUUAUCUCCGAGUCUGUCAAGAUUCUUCGGUUGACGACGCUGUUGAUCAUUGCGCUGAUCAUCUACUCGUCGGCUCUGGGCAACAGUGCUACACUCAAGUACUCGGUACUGGGUGUAAUUGGCCUCGCCAUCGCGCUGGGCUUCGUGCCGUCCUUCCACAAUGUUGUGGGCGGUCUCUUCCUCGCAUUCAACUCGCAGUUCAAGAUUGACGACUUCAUUCGCGUUGGAGACGCCGAAGGAUUCGUACAUCGCGUGUCGCUGCGCUACACAACAGUGGUGAGUCUCGAGGGAACGACGCUCUACGUGCCCAACAGCUUCUUUCUCUACAAGCCCAUGAUCAAUUUUUCGCAGCGGCCAAAGCGAGACGUGGACUUACAUGUCCGUGUGUCACGCGCUACUCCGGUGGAGACGUUGCGACAAGCUUUACGCCGUCUGGAAAGUAUGCUGCAGUCAUUGCAUGUCGGACUUACGUCUCACGAAGAGAACCAGUCGGACUUGCGGCAUGGUGCAAAGUGGGAACGUUUCUUUUUCGUGGCAAUGGAGGAACUUUACACUAUUCGAGUUUACUCGUACACGGAAGAGCUGGAUGCGCGGAAAUAUGCCAUGCUGAAGUCCGAAGUCUGGCUCGCUGUGACGGAAAUCAUGGAGGAGCUGGGCAUCCGUGUGCUCAGCGAUGACGACCCUGAUCAUCCAUUUGCCGAGUCUCCGCACUCCUUCAAACGCUCCAGCAGUAAUACCAGUAGUCAUGUUGAUGAUAACAGCGUCAGAGACCCGUUUACUAGCGAGAUUGGUGCCGUGGUGGGGGCUCAGCCCAGCAGUAACGGGAUCAAGGGCCCACGCACGCAGCUUUGA